AUGUCCAGGGCACAAAGUCCUCCAAUUUCCCAAAACAAUUUAAUACCUCUUGGGGUAUUUGACCAAGAAAACGUUUCAGAUUUGCAAGUGGCUAACCUCCGAUCUCACAUCGGUCUUGUAUCACAAGAACCUGUCUUAUUCAGUUAUAGUAUAGCUGAAAACAUAGCAUACGGGGACAAUUCUAGAACAGUUGAAAUGCAAGAAAUUAUAGAAGCAGCACGCCAAGCCAAUAUACAUGCCUUUAUUUCUUCAUUACCUCAGGGAUACGACACUCCAGUUGGUGACAAAGGCACGCAAUUAAGUGGCGGCCAAAAGCAGAGAGUGGCUAUUGCUCGAGCCCUGUUAAGAAAUCCCAAAAUAUUACUUCUUGACGAAGCAACCUCUGCCCUCGAUGCAGAAAGUGAAAAGGUUGUGCAAGAAGCAUUAGACAAAGCAAGUAGUGGACGUACGUGCCUUAUUAUAGCUCAUAGACUCUCUACAAUUCAAAAUGCAGACACAAUAGCUGUAAUUUACAAAGGGAAAAUUGUAGAGAGAGGUACCCACCAAGAACUUCUAAAUUUAAAAGGACAUUAUUACAAUCUUUAUAAUGUUCAGACUAAUAUGACAUAGCUGGAGUUAACAAAAUACUCCUCACAUUGUGAUUUAAACUCAGGUCCUUUAUUUCAUCGAUGUCGAAUUUUUAACAUUUGUAGUUUCUUUUAUAAGUAAUUAGUGCUGCUUUCUUAUUUAUUUAUUAUUUAUUUAUUAUAAUAUUUUUCGGGGAAAGAUCUAAUUUUAGUCUU